GGGGAGCCGCGGCAGCCGAAAGCAGUCAUGUCUGCGGUACAGGAGAAGGUCGCGGCGCUGAGCAUCUCCGCGCUCUACAGCCCCGAGCACAAGCCCCCAGGCUUCAGCGUGGCACGGAAGUCCAUUGGGGCCACAUAUAUUUGGAGCAGCAUUGUAAACACCCUUCAAACAGAAGUGGAAGUCAAGAAACGAAGGCACCACUUGAAAUGGCAUGAUGACUGUUUUGUUGGUUCGGAUGCUGUGGACCUUCUCUUCUCUCAUCUAAUUCAGAAUAAGUUUUUUGGAGAUGUAGAUACUCGUGCCAAAGUUGUGAGAAUAUGUCAAGCAUUAAUGGACUACAAAGUGUUUGAAGCAGUCCCGACCAAAGUCUUUGGAAGAGACAGACAGCCAGUGUUUGAAGACAGUAGCUGUAGCCUUUACAGGUUCAUGGCUGUGCCUGACCAAGAGGAUGUUCAGUCAGGAAAAGAGAAUAGAGUGUGUUCACCUUCCAGAUGUGGGAAGACACCAUUAUUUAAUUCAUCUGCUUUGAAAUCAACAAGUUUAGAGCAUCUGUGGGAAAAUCUGAGUUUAAAGCCUGCUAACUCCCCCCGUGUAAAUAUCUCCACAAAUUUGUCUCCUCAAGUCAUUAAUGAAGUAUGGCGAAAAGAAACCACUGGGCGCCUGCUACAGCUUAUAGACCUCCCUCUCCUUGAGUCCUUGCUUCAGCAUCAAGAGAUGGUACCUGAGGUUCCUCAUCCUGAGGCACAACCAGAUGAGAUCAACACCAGUAGCUAUUUGGACCGAUGCAUUCUCAAGGCCUAUAGUGACUCACGGGAUGAUGAAUGGCUCUCCGCAGCGACUGACUGCUUAGACUACCUUCCAGACCAGAUGGUGGUGGAGCUAAGCAGAAAUUUUCCUGAGUCACCAGAGAACAGAGAUGUGUGGAAAGCACGCUUAUUUUAUGCCAUUAGUAAAUACUACAACAGUAGGGAACCUCUGUUAAACCACUUAUUUGAAAUCCACAUGGAGAUUACAGAACUCCUAGGAAACAGCUCGAAGAAGCCCUUAAAGAGAGUGAGGGUCUGCAACACACUGGAAGUACAUGCCAUCUCAUGGAUGGAGUGCAUGGCCAGCUGGGGGCUGCCCAAAUCAAGCACCCGCAGCCCCAGACGAGCAGCCAGGAUGGGCCCAAUGGUUGAGCCACAGCGGGGAUCAUUCCGAACCAUGAACUCCUUGUGGAAAAAAGUGAAUGGGAAGACAGACAGAGCAUUAGAAGCCACACAGCUCUGCCUGAAGCUGUUGGAUUCCAGCAGGAGAGAGGAACUUAGAAGACUGUUGUACUUGAUGGCUGUGGCAGCUCGUCCUUCUGAAUUUAAGUUGCAGAAAGAGAGUGAGAAUCGGAUGGUUGUGAAAAGAGUGUUUUCUAAAGUGAUUGUAAACAACAAAAAAUUAUCUAAAGACAAAAUAGACCUUUUGGUGCUGUUUUUAGUGGAUCAUCAAAAAGAUGUUUUUAAGAUCCCAGGACUGCUACACAGAAUCGUCAGUGACAAACUCAUGGCCAUACAGAGAGGAAGAGAUCCAGAUAGAGACAUAGGUUAUGUUUUCUGCCAGAGACAUGACCAAAGUGAGUAUUACAGCAGUGCCCAGAAAACCACUAAGGAAGAGCUUUUAUCUUUGCUAAAAAUGAUUGAUGAGGACUCCAAAUUAUCUGCCAAAGAAAAGAAGAAAUUGCUGGGUCAGUUUUAUGAGGGUCACCCAAACAUCUUUGUUGAAUAUUUUGGAGACAGAGUUUCAAAUAUUUUUAUAUAAUUUGUGUAUAUGAGAGUGAUUGUGUAUAUCUGCAAAUAAAAUGUAUGAUCUA